GGAUGCCGGGACCGCUGACCGCACCGAGGGCUCAAAGCGACUUGAAUGACGUCGCACUGGCAGGAUAGAUAAAAGUUGCAAUGGAUAUACACGGUCCCUGUGAUUCUUGUUAGCCGUGAGGCUCUCGCUACAUGUCGGGCACACCUUGUCAAGUCGGGGGUCCCCGGGCCCGAGCGUGCCGGGUCUGCCACGCAGAUGUCGUGCACAACCACCGGCGCCUUUUCCAAUCAGCUUUCGCGUCGCGCAUACACUAGCACGCGUGGGCGCAUCACUUAUAAGGUCAGGUAUGGAUUGAUCUGAUUGCGGGCCUUGGCCCUGAAGCCCAGCUUCAACAAGCAGCAACGUGCAAGUCCAGCCUUCGACGUGGGGCUCGGGGGCCCUGCCAUCACAAAUGUGGGGCCUCAAGGACACUAGAUUCUUAGGAGCAUUCGGUCCUGGGCGCUGGGCUUCGCUGCGCAAGCGGACUGGCAAAUGGCUUCCUUUCCCGGGCGGGCGCGACUGCAGCCAGGCAAAGCAGGGAUCAUAUGACUCGCUGAACUCUCGAGUUUCGCAUGCGGAGAGCAACACGCGCCGGGGCCGACGAGCGCCGCCCCAACCUCGCGCCCCCGCCCCUCCAUCGGCGUCCGCAGCGGCUGCCUCCUGUCCGGUGCCCCCCAAUGGCGGGUCCCCCUCGCCGGCCUCCAGCUCUUCAGGCGGCCAGGCGUCUGAGGAGCAGGACCUGUCCAUGGAUCUGGACUACAUGCCGGUGCUGGGGCCGGUCCGAGAGGCGCUGUGCGUGCUGGUGCCGGCCCUGCUGGCCCUGGCCCUUUACAGCUACACGGGGCGCUGGCACGGCGGCACGUGGGCGGCGCGCGUGACGGGAUUCGUGGCGGCGGCUGCGUGUGCGUCGCUGCUGCGGACGUCGCUGCUGGAGCGGGAAUACAAGGCCCGAGAGAAGGCAUACGCGGCACUGGGCGAUGGCGACUCACGCUUCCGGCCCAUUGUGGCCGCCUCAGCGCACCGCACCGGCAGCGCCGGCAGUGACGGCGGCGGGCACGGGUCCCAGACCCUGACCGUGCAUGUCAAAGUGAAGACCGGCGACUUUGCCGCAGAUGCCAACAGCCGCGACAGCAGCACCGGCAGUGGCGACGGCAGUAGCAGCAGUGGCAGUGGCAGCAGCGACGGGUCGCUGACGGCGGUGCACUGCUUCCACGGCUUUGGCGCCAACCUGGGGUCGUACCAGCGGGUGCAGGGCCGGAUGGCGGCGGCGCUGCGGGGGGUGGUCACGGCGCACGACAUGCCCGGAUUCGGCCUCACGCAGCGCCCCACCGACAUGUCGUCCUACUUCCUCACCUUCAACGGCCGCCUGGGCCGCCUGGUGCUGGACUACGAGCUGCAGCAGCUGGGGCUGAUGCUACAGCCGCAGCAGCCCGCAGCAGCUACUGCAGCUACAGCAGCUGCACCCGCGGCUGCGGGCGAGGCCGGUGGCGCUGCUGCGGCGGCGCGGCAGCGGCCCAUCAAGCGCAUCCUGGUUGGGCACUCCCUGGGCGGCGCGUGCGCGGCGCUGGAGGCUGUCACGGACCCGGACGGCCUGGCGGGCCUGGUGCUGGUGGCCCCCGCCAUAUUCGCCUUCCCCGGGCCCGAGUUCGCAGACGUGCAGCUGACGCCACACCGGCCCGGCGGCGGAGCAGGCGCCGGUGUGGUGGAGGCCACGCCCGCGGAGGAGCGCCGCGCCGCUGCCGCCCAGGCCGCCGCCCACCUGGGCUUCGAGCCCAGCGGCUGCCACGUCACCGACCCCCCUGAGGUGCGCCGCCUGUACCCGCGGCGCGAGGAGCCGGAGCCGGGUGCGGGUGCAGGCGCGGGGCAACGGCAGCAGCAGCAGCCCCAGCCGCUAGAGCGGAGUGGCAGUGGCAGUGGGCUGAGCCGGAGUGGCGGCGGGCGGCGAGCGCGGCGCGGGCGACUGUUGCGCGCUCUGGGCCGGUUGGCUGGCGGUCUGGCGUCGUUGUUGGCUCUGGGUGUGCUGCGGCUGCUGGCGCCCGUCAUCACACUGCUGCUGAGGUCGCUGGUGCGCCGCCGCACCUUCUGGCUGAAGGGCCUGCAGCAGGCCUACUACAACCCUUCUGGCGUCACGCCCGACAUCGUGGACAGUUACCGCAUGCCGCAGUUGGUGCGCGGCUGGGAGGCGGGCAUGGUCAACUUCCUGCUGGCGAGACUCACGCGGCCCAGGGGCGGCAUCAGUGAGCUGUUCAGGGACGCCCUGCGCGAUGCCCAGCCAGCGGGCGACAGCGAGGGUGACAUCGGCACCAGCACCGGCACCAGCAUCACCGGCGCCGCUGCCACUGCCGCCGCAGCUGCGGCCACUGGCAUGGGCGCCGCUGCGGCUGCGGCCGCCGGCGCAGGCCUGGCCGCAUCUGCCGCCGUGGCCGACUCGGAGUCCUCCCGCCUCUCCCGCGCCGCAGCCUCCAUGCCCCAGUCUCCCACCGUCGCCCCCGCUGCGAGCUCCUCAGCCCCCGCAGCAGCAGCCACGGCGGCCUCGGCCACAAACGACGCGCCCGAGGAGGACACUGACCUGGCCAGUCGGCUGGCGGCGCUGGUGGCGGCGCGCCGGCUGCCUGUGCUGCUGGUGCACGGGCUGUACGACAAGCUGGUGCCCGCCUCCAACAGCCAGCGCCUGGCGCGCAUGCUGCCGCCCGACUGCUGCGAGCUGGUGCUGCUGGACCGGUGCGGGCACAUGCCGCAGGAGGAGAUGCCGGGGCUGUUUGUGGACCUGGUUGCGGAGUUCGCGGCGCGCGUGCAGGCGCGAUGAGGCACCCUAGGGCGGCGGAGGCACGAGCCGGGGGGCUUUGAAGCGGCCUUGGAGCGGUUGCGGCCAACCUCCCACCAUUGCGGCUCAUGUUGUGUAGCGGUGGGGCGGUGAAGGCGGAUGCGGAGUUGCGGACGUGUUGUGUCAGGUGGGAA